UUUAAAUGUUUUGAUUGUUCAUUUCAUCAAACUUUUCACCCCAACUCCUUUCUUUCCACAAGCCUAACUAAUUGAAGGACACAAUUGAUCUAUAGACCACGCAAACAUAAUCAAAAUUAUAUAACUAGAUUUGUUAUCUUUUGGUAAGAUAUAAGAAUUCUGUCUAAAUAAAACAUCUAUCCUAAUAAAACUCUCAUUUUAAGACGGAUGGCGUCCAUUACUUACCAGCGUCCUUAAACAACAACUAAAAGACCAAAUCUUACAAAAAUACAAACGCAAAUUGAGUUGCGCCACUUUGCCUUCUUUCAGACUCUGUAAAGGCCAAAUACUCCAACCAAUCUCAAAUAAACACCAAUAAACAAAAAUAAAAAAUAAAAAAUCAAAAGAAUUCGAAUUGCAUAAAAAACUGUACAUAUUAAAAAAAUUCAUUUCAAAAGAGAGAAAAGAAAAAGAAGUAUAAAAUCUCCGCUCCUCCCUUUCCGUUAAGUCUUCAGGCACACAACCCUAGGACUGAGCUCUCCACACGCCGGCUGGAUUGCUCCUUUUUGGCCCAUAAUCAUCCCCCAAACCGAAAUCCCAGAAAAUCCUUAUCAUCAUUAUCGCCAUCAUAUUCAAUCAAUCCAUCAACCUCCCCCAUCUCCCAUGCUCAUGCUAUAAAUUCCAGUUUGUCCGCAAGCAAUCAUGAUGUAUAAGAACAUCGCAACCUCCUCACUCCUCAAAAAAGCCUCUUCCACCAGGCAUUUCAAUUCUUUGUCUUCUUCCGGUGCGCAGCGUCACGCCGUCGCCGGAGUUGAGGCGGCCUCGUCGACAGCUGUCAAUCGCACGAGCAGCGCCGCUGGUGGCAGUAAGAUUGCCGCGAGUAGCAGUGGGAAUCCGAGGAUUUCGAGCCUCUCAUCGGCGCUUAGGUCCGUUCGUUCGUCGGUACCGCGGUGGAGCCACGGCGUUGACUGGAAGUCGCCGGCGAGUUUGAGUUCUCAGAUCAGGACUCGUUCUUCCCCUCUUUCCAACGUUCUGUAUCGCAAGAUCGCCACCAUGGCAUCCGAGCAUGAAUUCAAACAAAUUCUGACCACUCUUCCGAAGCCAGGGGGCGGUGAAUUUGGAAAGUUCUAUAGCCUACCUGCUCUGAAUGAUCCAAGGAUCGAUAAGUUGCCAUACUCCAUUAGAAUCCUUCUUGAGUCAGCCAUACGUAACUGUGAUGGAUUUCAAGUUACAAAGGAAGAUGUCGAGAAGAUUAUUGAUUGGAAAAAUACAUCACCGAAGCAAGUUGAAAUACCCUUCAAGCCUGCACGCGUGCUUCUGCAGGACUUCACUGGUGUGCCAGCUGUGGUUGACCUUGCUUGCAUGCGUGAUGCCAUGAACAAACUUGGCAGUGAUUCGGACAAGAUCAAUCCAUUGGUUCCUGUGGAUCUGGUGAUAGAUCACUCAGUUCAAGUUGAUGUCACAAGGUCAGAGAAUGCAGUGCAAGAAAAUAUGGAGCGUGAAUUCCAGAGAAACAAGGAGAGAUUUGCUUUCCUCAAGUGGGGAUCCAAUGCUUUUACAAACAUGCUGGUUGUGCCUCCCGGUUCUGGAAUUGUGCAUCAGGUCAAUCUGGAAUAUCUUGGUCGAGUUGUUUUCAACACUGAUGGCAUCCUUUACCCUGAUAGUGUGGUUGGUACAGAUUCCCACACCACCAUGAUUGACGGAUUGGGUGUUGCUGGUUGGGGAGUUGGUGGUAUUGAGGCCGAGGCUGCAAUGCUUGGACAGCCAAUGAGCAUGGUGUUGCCUGGGGUUGUUGGGUUCAAGUUGUCCGGGAAACUGCGCGACGGUGUCACAGCUACUGACCUGGUUUUAACAGUCACUCAAAUGCUUCGGAAGCAUGGUGUUGUUGGAAAAUUUGUGGAGUUUUAUGGUAAUGGUGUUGGUCAAAUAUCAUUGGCUGAUAGGGCUACCAUUGCUAACAUGUCUCCUGAAUAUGGUGCAACCAUGGGAUUCUUCCCUGUAGAUCAUGUCACUUUGCAAUAUCUGAAAUUGACUGGCCGAAGUGAUGAAACGGUGGCUAUGAUUGAAGGAUAUCUUCGUGCAAAUAAGAUGUUCGUCGACUACAAUGAGCCACAAGAAGAAAAGGUGUAUUCAUCUUAUUUGGAUCUUGACCUUUCUGAAGUUGAACCAUGUCUUUCUGGACCCAAAAGACCACAUGACAGAGUACCUCUUAAAGACAUGAAAGCUGAUUGGCAUAAUUGCCUUGACAGUGCAAUUGGGUUCAAGGGUUUUGCUAUACCCAAGGAAGAGCAAGGAAAGGUGGCAAAAUUUUCAUUUCAUGGCGAGCCAGCAGAGCUCAAGCACGGUAGUGUUGUCAUUGCUGCUAUUACAAGCUGCACUAACACAUCAAACCCCAGUGUUAUGCUUGGGGCUGGUCUUGUUGCCAAAAAAGCCAGCGAAUUGGGUCUGCAGGUCAAACCCUGGGUAAAAACAAGUCUUGCUCCAGGCUCUGGAGUUGUUACUAAAUACUUGCUUCAGAGUGGACUGCAAAAAUAUUUAAACCAGCAAGGCUUCCACAUUGUUGGAUACGGUUGUACCACAUGCAUCGGAAAUUCUGGAGACCUGGAUGAGUCAGUUGCUUCGGCGAUAUCAGAAAAUGAUAUUGUGGCAGCUGCCGUGCUUUCUGGAAACAGGAACUUCGAGGGGCGUGUCCACGCUUUGACAAGAGCAAACUACUUGGCCUCACCCCCAUUAGUUGUAGCCUAUGCUCUUGCUGGAACGGUUGAUAUUGACUUCGAAAAAGAGCCAAUUGGAGUAGGAAAGGAUGGCAAGGAUGUUUAUUUUAGAGAUAUCUGGCCUACUACCGAAGAAGUUGCUGAGGCUGUUCAAAGUAGUGUCCUGCCUGAUAUGUUCAAGAGUACGUAUGAAGCUAUCACAAAGGGUAACCCCAUGUGGAAUCAGUUAUCAGUCCCAGCUUCUAAACUGUAUUCAUGGGAUCCAAACUCUACUUACAUCCACGAGCCACCAUAUUUCAAGGAUAUGACCAUGGAUCCUCCUGGGCCCCAUGGAGUGAAGGAUGCAUAUUGUUUGUUGAACUUUGGUGACAGUAUUACCACAGAUCAUAUUUCACCAGCUGGAAGCAUUCACAAGGACAGUCCAGCUGCAAAGUUUCUUCUCGAACGUGGGGUAGAACGAAAGGAUUUCAACUCUUAUGGCAGCCGCAGGGGUAAUGACGAGAUCAUGGCAAGAGGAACUUUUGCCAAUAUCCGCCUCAAGAACAAGUUGCUAAAUGGGAAAGAAGGCCCUAAAACAAUUCACAUUCCUACUGGAGAGGAGUUAUAUGUGUUCGAUGCUGCGAUGAGGUACAAGUCUGCUGGCCUUGACACUAUUAUAUUGGCUGGGGCUGAGUAUGGAAGUGGAAGUUCACGUGAUUGGGCUGCCAAAGGUCCAAUGUUGCAGGGGGUAAAAGCUGUCAUUGCAAAGAGCUUUGAAAGGAUUCAUCGAAGUAACUUGGUUGGAAUGGGUAUUAUCCCGUUAUGCUUCAAAGCUGGUGAAGAUGCAGAUACACUUGGAUUGACAGGUCAUGAGCGUUAUACCAUUGACCUUCCCAGCCAAAUAAGUGAGAUCCGACCUGGCCAAGAUGUCACUGUUAAGACUAACUCUGGAAAAUCUUUCACGUGCACAGCCCGCUUCGAUACGGAGGUGGAGCUGGCUUAUUUCAACCAUGGAGGCAUUCUACCUUAUGUGCUACGGCAAUUGUCUAAGCAAUGA